AUGGUGUUUAGGACAAUGAAUGAGGGUGGGAUUGUACCGGAUAUAACGACGUACAGUUAUUUAGUUGAUACAUUUGGGAGAUUGGGGAAAUUAGAAAAGGUUUCAGAGCUUUUGAGGGAAAUGGAAGAUGGAGGGAACUUACCAGAGAUAACGUCCUAUAAUGUGCUAUUAGAGGCGUAUGCACAUUCAGGGAAAAUUAAGGAGGCAAUGGGGGUGUUUAGGCAAAUGCAGGCUGCAGGGUGUGUGCCCAAUGCGGCGACUUAUACUAUUUUGUUGAAUUUGUAUGGGAAGCAUGGUAGGUAUGAUGAUGUUAGGGAGCUUUUUCUUGAGAUGAAAGUGAGUAACACGGAUCCGGAUGCUAGUACUUACAAUAUUCUUAUUGAGGUGUUUGGUGAAGGUGGGUAUUUUAAGGAGGUGGUGACUUUAUUUCACGAUAUGGUGGAGGAAAAUGUUGAGCCAAAUAUGGAGACUUACGAGGGGUUGAUAUUUGCUUGUGGAAAGGGGGGGCUUCAUGAGGAUGCAAAGAAAAUUUUACUUCAUAUGAAUGAGAAGGGACUAGUCCCGAGUUCGAAGGCUUUUACAGGGGUAAUUGCCGCAUAUGGACAGGCUGCAUUGUAUGAGGAGGCUCUUGUUGCUUUUAAUACUAUGAAUGAAGUUGGGAGCAAACCAACUGUUGAGACCUUCAACUCUUUGAUUUACACAUUCUCAAGAGGGGGACUUUACAAGGAGACUGAAGCAAUCUUGUCCAGAAUGAGUGAGGUUGGGGUUCCACGGAACAGGGAUUCUAUUAAUGGUCUCAUUGAAGGAUUUAGACAGGGAGGCCAAUUUGAAGAAGCUAUAAAGGCCUAUGUUGAGAUGGAAAAGGUGAGGUGUGAUCCCAAUGAGCAGACCCUUGAGGCGGUUUUGAGUGUUUACUGCUUUGCAGGUCUUGUUGAUGAGAGUAUGGAGCAAUUUCAGGAAAUUAAAGCAUUGGGAAUAUUACCCAGUGUCAUGUGCUACUGUAUGAUGCUGUCCAUUUAUGCAAAGAGUGACAGGUCAGUGAUUCAUACAGUUAUUAAUGAUUCCUUGUACAUUUUAAUCUGCAAGAGUUGA